AUGGCUUCUCCCCGCCCGCACAACUUCGGUGCCCAAGGCUAUCCUCUCGCGAACGGUGCGACCCCCGUCCGGUCCGGCACCCGGAGCUGUGCCACUACUCCCCAACAAUGGCAGACUCAUCCAGAGCGGACCGACUCGGAUCUUGUGUAUUGCGGACGAAAUCUCAAGUCUCUGAAUGACCUGGCGAAGCAAGCUCGUGCGGACCACAUCAUCCACACGGGUGACUUUGGUUUCUACGACGAUACUUCGUUGGAGCGCAUUGCGGACAAGACCCUCAAGCAUGUGCCUCCUCAGCAGUCCAUCAAGCAGCGUUUCACUCCGGACCAGCUACCCCUCUCCGAGCUGCCCAUGCUCCUCGACAAGCGCAUCACUCUUGACGUUCCCGUCUACACAGUUUGGGGUGCCUGCGAGGAUGUCCGCGUCUUGGAGAAGUUCCGUUCGGGCGAGUACAAGGUGAACAACCUGCACAUCAUCGACGAGGCCAACUCGCGACUAUUGGACAUUGGUGGUGUCAAGCUGCGUCUGCUUGGACUUGGUGGUGCGGUGGUCAUGCACAAGCUGUUCGACAAUGGCGAGGGAAAGACAACAAUUGCUGGUGGCCAGGGUACCAUGUGGACUACACUGCUACAGAUGGGUGAACUCAUCGACACCGCUAACCGCGUUUACGACCCAUCGGAGACCCGUGUGUUCGUUACCCACGCCUCGCCUGCCCGUGAGGGCAUGCUGAACCAGCUCUCCGUCACUCUCAAGGCCGAUUUCUCCGUUUCCGCUGGUCUGCACUUCCGCUACGGGUCUUCCUACAACGAGUUCUCCGUCAACCCUUCGCUCGACCACUAUCGUGGCAAGCUUGCUGCCUCCAAGGCCUCUUUCACCGAUGUUUGGGAGACUGUGCGGGGCGAGGUUGAGUCGGCCAUCUCUUCCAAUGAGGCCCAGAAGACUCUGCUGGACAAUGCUCUGGAUGUGGUGCAAAAGAUGCCUUCCAUUGCUAACGGCGGGAACCCCUUCGGUGGCCCUGUUGCUGCUGGCAAUGCUGCCGGUCAGGUAGACGAGAGCGCUUUCAAGAACAUGUGGAACUUCAAUCUUGCGGAUGCGGCUUUCGGAUAUCUGGUUUUGGAGAUUGAGGGUGGCCGAAUUGCGACUGAGAUGCGGGCCCAGGGCUUCAACUUCGCCCACCGCAGCGGCAAGCCUGCGGCUGGUGGUACUCAACCCGUUCCCAGUGCCCUGCCAGCUACGACCGCCUCCCCUGCGCCUACUGGUGCUGGUGGCCGUCCUACGGCCUCUACCCCCAGCCAGGCUAAGGCUCAACCCGCUCGUGCUUCUCCAGUUCCCGUCAUCCCCAAGGCUGCUAGCCCGGCGCCUCCUGCGACUACCUCUGCUCAGCCCGCCGGUGAGGAGAAGAUUGCUGGCGCGGACGCUAACGGCACCAUCCACCAGGAGAAGACUGGUGACUCUCCCGCUCCUCGUGGCGAGAAGAAGCCCAGCAACGGACUGUUCGUUUCCAACGUCGACAGUGAGCAGAAGGUCCGUGACCUCCUUCCUGAAGAGGACCAAGCCAAGGCCGUCAAGAUCGAGAAGUACGGCAAGUUCAACUACGUUGUGACCUUCCCGACGGUAGAGGACGCCAAGGCCGCUCUUGAUCGUCAGCCCCUUGAUCACAAGAAGCCCACCACUGGUUCCGGCCCUCGUAAGCCCAACUUCAAGUUCUUUGAGGAACGCCCCCGAGGACAGGGCAAUGCCGGCACUUGGGGAAGCAGCACCCGUGGUGGUGCUACCACCGGGCAGCGCGGCUACCAGAGUGCCAGUGAUAGCGAAGGUGCUCGUCGGGGUGGAUUCGGCGGUCGUGGCCGUGGCCGCGGUGAUCGGGGUCGUGGUGGCCGUGGAGGUCGUGGCGGCAGCUUCAAGAGCGGCUCGACUGACUCCCCUGCCCCUUCAACCCCAUCUGGCGACAAGCCUGCUCCUUCCGGUGGUGAUGCGUAG